UGACGACGAUCCUAGCUAGAUGGUCAUACUAAACCGAACAUAAAAGUCGAGGAACAUCGUCAGUUCACCAGCUGAACCCUAUAACUUCCACAGCUGUUCGAAAUUAUAAAACAAUUUGUGCAAUAAUUUUGAAAAAUAAUAAUGCUGAAAACACUAAGGCCAUGGAGAUUGGCGAGUCACAUUCUGAAAGGAUGUGCUGCACCUGCCAGGAGAGUCUCGGAUUCAUUCAAAACUUUCGGCGGCGAGAACGCGCUCGCCGGCAGCGAAGCGACCCCCAAGAAGUUUGCGAAUCCCUUUGCACAGCCUAGUCCAGCGAUGAGCGAUGGGCCUGCGGAAACCGAAGAAGAUCGGGAGAAAAGGAGAAAGGUGCUGCAGCUGGAGGCUGAUAUUGCCCAUCAGGAGGGCCGUCGCGUGCCGGCCUUGGACUUUUUCCAGGACCAUCACUGGGACCACGUGCUGUCGUUGCCCUCGAAAUCGGCCCGCAUAAAAUACUACGCCUUUCUGUGGCAGAUAAAUAUGAAAAAGGAGGCGGACCAGCGAAAGAAAGCAGAGCGAGCCGAAGACACUGAGCGUCGGAUCGCUGAGCUGCGAAAGGAGCGGGAGGAAAACACCCACAUAAUCUAUGGCCUGGCCCACACCUCUAUGUUCCUGCGCAUCUACGACACAACAAUCAACCACUGGCAAAACAACCGGCUGACGCGGGCCAUGCAGUUCGCUCCCAAGAUGGUGCUAGACUGUUCCUACGACACCCACAUGAACAAUCGGGAGGCCUCCUACGCGGCCAAGCAGCUUAUGCUGUGCUUCGCCGAAAACCGCCUCAACGACGAGCCCUUCGAUCUGCACUACUGCAACGCCCAGAUGGAGGGAAGGUGCAUGCAGAGCCUGAAGCGCUACAUCCCCACCAUGCUCAAUCCGGAGUUUCCAAUGAAUGUGCACAAGCAAUGCUUCACUGAGCUUUUCGACAAGCAGAGUCUUGUCUAUCUGACGCCGCACUGCCGCGAGGAUCUAGUCACCUACAACCCGGACGACAUAUACAUUGUUGGCGCCAUGGUGGAUACGAUGAACAACGAGCCCCUGUCGCUGGCCAAGGCGAAGCGGCUGGGUCUGCGCAUGGCGCGCCUGCCACUGGAUCGAUACCUGCAGUGGGGCUCUGGAUCCGGAAAGUCCCUGACCCUCAACCAAAUGAUCAACAUCAUGCUGGACCUGAAGAAGACCGGUAAUUGGGAUUCUGCGCUGAAGCAUGUGCCGCGCAGAAAGGUCGUUGACAUGGACUCUCAGCGAAGGACGGAGGAUGGUCGAAAAGCUCUUGGGACGCGGGCGAGAAAACUCAACGUGCGUAUCGAUCAUCUGCUGGACUUCGAGGAGGAGCGCAGGCAUGCCACGGCCUUUGCCGCACCCCCCCAGACACUGCGUCAACGCAAAGAGGGCAUGGAGUUUCAACUGGACACAUGGGCAGCGGGAAAGAAGAAAAAGAAAAGGGAGAACUGAAUAAAAAACAUUUAUUGAAAUUAAGCAG